AUGGAAACCGAUUCAAAUACCGAAGAAAUCCAACAAGAGAGUAAGACAACAGAAAAAGCAGAAUCAAGAUUACCUUUUUCCAUAGCUAACUUACUAGCUGACAAAUUUGAAAAACAUGAAGACACAAAUGUAGCGUCAAGCAGUACUGAAGUUGAUUAUGAAAAGUUUCAAAGCGGUCAGUUUCAAUCUGAUGAUGAAGAUGAUGUCAAGAGCACGGGAUCGGAACAAGUCGAUGUUGUGAGCUCUAACAACGACGCGUCAGAUUUGGAGAAGUCUGCUGAUUAUCAACAGUCAGCAUGCAGCAGCACCCGAGGCAAGCGCGCGCGCACCGCAUUCAGCGCGCAGCAGAUCAAGAGCCUCGAGGCUGAGUUCGAGAAGAAUCGCUACCUCUCCGUCGCGGCUAGGGGACGAUUGGCGCGACAACUGAGGCUUACGGAAACACAGAUCAAAAUUUGGUUCCAAAACCGUCGAACUAAGUGGAAACGUAAAUAUACGAAUGACGUAGAACUACUUGCUCAACAGUAUUACAGUAGUCUAGGCAUAGUCUCCCCUCGGCCCAUGUUUGUUGGAGACCGACUGUGGAUCUUCAACUACCCAAACAGACUGCCACCAACACAACAGCAGCAGUGGAUGAAAUCAAUAAACAACAUGCCAAUAAAUAACCAACUCAUGGAUAGGAAUCCCAUGUUUAGAACGCUCCCCAAGCCGGAUUUGCCGCCAUUUUUAAUCUCUCCACAGUACAACGAUAGAGUUUUCGAACGCACCUUACCGCCUAGCGUGAAAAAUCCCGCGCAAAAUCGUUUGUUGCCACGAGAAGUGUACAACAAUAUGGCGACUGCGAGAAGUUCAGAUAUUUAUAAAAACAAUAUUUUAAGUCAGUCUAGUCCACAGGAUCCCAACGUGGAUCACUUAAGAAGAUUGGAAGAGAAUUUUAGUAUUUAA